GUUUUAUUACUCAGGCAUAAUUAUAUAAUAAGUGGCUUUUUGAUAUCUGUGACCUGUUCGUAACACUUCAAAAGAUGGAAUUACGUAAAUACUGCACAAAACAUUUCUUAUUACCUUAAUGUCUUGCCACAUGAAGAGAAAAAAUCCCUUUUAUUUUGUCCGAUUUGAUAUAAAUAUUCUUAUUGUUUGCCAGAAUGUAAAUUUCAUUCCUGACUUGCAAGCAAAAGAAAACGAUUUGACAAAAUGUAUAUUCUACAGAGUCUAGUGUGUCUUAUAAGUCUUAUAAUUUUGCUGAUUGUGGGACAAGUCUCUGCUGAUAGUAACAAUCUAGAGAAAACUAUUUUGGACGGAAGCACGAUGUCCGGAGAAAAAGUGUCCAGUGUUUUACUGGACAUUCUGAACCAGGAAAGUCUAGUGAGGUUUUCUAUGGUUCAGAGAAUCCAGAACUUGGUAAUGGACGUUAUAGAGAGCAAAAAUAAUUCUCAGGUGCUGAAGCAGAAACUGGCAAUGUUAACAAAAGAGUUAAAGGAUUUAGAGACAAGAGACAACGGAAUAGAAGCAGAGGCUACAAAUAUUAAACGGGCGUUAGAAGCUAUGAAUGAGACUGUCAGAAUUACCCAAGAUUUAAUGGAUAAGGAAAUAAUUUUAAUAAGAAAUCAAACUUCAGUUCUCCAGAGGGAAAGCAGAGAAUUAUUCGAGGAAAACAGAAGAAUUAAACAUCAACUGCAGAUGCAGAAUGAGACGCUGCACGAAGAAAUUCAGCAGUUAAAGAACAAAGAAUCGGAUGUCAGAAAUAGAAACCGAGAAUUGUCAACAGAAAAUCGUCUCUUUAGAGAACAGUUAAAUGAUGUGAAGAACACACUGAAAGAUUUGAAAAGUUCCGUGUAUGAGGGUCGAUUUAAUAAAAUAGAAAACUCCCUUAAGACAUUUUCAAUAUCUAUCAAUGACACACUAGAUGGCUUACUGGAGGAACAUAAAAUUCUAAACCUGCAGGUUAUUAACGUCUCUUCCUCUUUAUCUACUGUAAAAUCAAAAGUGUACCCAAAGGAUUGUUACAAUAUUCUGGAGCAAAAUAAGUGGUUAAAAGGAAAAGAUGGCGUCUAUGAGAUAUCGAUUAAUGCUGACAUCACUUCCGUCUUUUGUGACAUGACUACAGAUGGAGGCGGAUGGACGGUUAUACAGAAAAGAAAAGACGGUUCAACUGAUUUCUAUCGAACUUGGGAAGAAUACAAAAAAGGUUUUGGUGAUCCAAAAAACAACUACUGGAUGGGUAAGAAUACAUACUUUGAAAUAAAACAUUAUUGUUUUAAUUAAUACUGCAUGCUUGUAG